AAAUUAUCAUACUGAAUGGUCCAGCAUGUUAUUUGUGUUUUGGUCGCGAAAUAUCUUGACUGGCAAUUAUGGAUCCGUUCAGCAUAACAGUCGGGGCUGUGGGACUCAUAACAGUCUUCAAAGAAGUCUAUCUCCUCUCGCGAUGUAUCUAUCGAGCCUGUGAAUCAGCAAGAGCGAGCGAUGAGGAGCGUGAGAAGUUGAGACAUGAUUUACGAUAUGAUUUGCUUCGCAUACGAUCAUUUGGGCGACAUUACUUGAAGAACAAAGAUGUGCUUGGUGCCCAUGGGCUUGAUAAUCAUUGGGCUUCGAUGAUCUACGAUAUACUAGAGGAACUCCGAAAGUCUCUGGAUGAUUAUAGAAAGUUAGACGAUCCAUAUUACCUGCAAUAUUCGCCAUACGUUAACGACAGCAUGUAUGGUACCCCCACUAUUGAAUUUCCUCUGGACGACCAAAACGAUCCGAUUCCGCCAGUAAAAUUACCAGCCAAGAAGCUAUCAUUCAACUCUUUCUUCAAUCGAACAAGGGAAACCACUAAGUUGGCAGUAAAAUCAGCAAAAUGGGCACUUUACGACAAGAAGCGACUCGAGUCCACGAUCAGUAAUUUUCGGCGGGAGACAGAAAAGUUGACGGGUCUCUUACCUCUCGCUCAAUCUGCACAGGUCUCCAGGAUUGAUAACAAGAUCGAUGCACUUACAGCCACAAUCAACGACCGUGAUGCUCAAAUUUUGGGACUGGUUCCCCACGCGAAACUUAUGGAAUUUAACGAACAAAAUGAGGAUGAUUACACAGAUGAAAACGAAAUGAAGCAAUGCAAAGUCAAGACUACUUCAGAUGACAACGAACUGAGUGCAGGAACUAUCGAGUUGAACCACGAAGGAGGUAAUACUGCUGAACAAGAGUCGGUUCUGAUUGAGCUCAAAUAUUACCCACCCUUGGAGGAGAAUUGCAAUGCCACGCCAAAUAAUCCUGAUUCUGAUACCAAAACAAAUGUUCGACGACUGGCCGGGCUCCUGAGUAUAUCGUCCUCAGGAUCGGAACUGCGAACUCUCCCUUUCAAAUUUUACGUUCAUGAGCCAGAUCAAGAGCGAUAUGCCUUUGUGUUUGGCUACCCCUUGCAUGCUCUCCAAUCUCAGCCAAUAUCUCUUCACGAACUCAUCAAAUCAUCAACACAAGAUCAACGAUUUCCACUAGCUAUUCGAUUUCAAGUAGCCGAAAUGAUUGCAAAAAGUAUUGGGGUAUUCCAUGCUGAUGGCUGGGUUCACAAAAGUGUGUGUAGUCGUUCCGUCGUAUUUUUCAAACGACGAUCAAAGGAAAGUCUUAUGCUCAGGUCUCCGUACCUUGUGGAUUUUGGUUACUCACGCCCAGAGGAAGGAAAGACUUAUGCACGCUAUCAACAAACAACUAAUAGCGAUGCUCUUUACCUUCAUCCUGACCGCCCUCGUAUGACUUUUACCAAACUUCAUGAUAUAUAUGCUCUGGGAGUAGUUCUUCUCGAGAUUGCAACAUGGAAGACCGCUAAGGAUCAUUUUGACUCUGCGUUAAAGGGUCUCGAUCUUGAUGUCACGACUAUUGAUAAAGAAGAGGUUAGAGAAAAAUUCCUAAGUAUUGCUAAGAAGAGUAUCCCUUAUCAUAUGGGAACUGCUUAUAUGGAAGCUGUCAUUUCUUGUUUGGAUGAUACGUACAGAGGUCAUACGGCUUCCUCGACAUUUCUGGAGACAUUUCAAACCGAGAUUAUUGAAAAGUUGAGUGCGAAGCAAUUAUCGUCUCGCUGAGUGAUAGUAAAUUAUCGGAACUAGAGCUUUCAUACUUGCCAUGGCAUGAGUUGAUAUUCUAAAACCCUGAUAGUUUAAUAAAAAAUUGUCUCGAUAAAGAUUGGAGAUCCAUCUAUAUCUCUAUAUCAAAGUCACUCCUCAUAAAACUUUCGCCCCCGAAUAUCAUGGUAAAGAGUCAGUCAUACACAUACCGAGUACAUCAAUCAUCAUUGUGAGAGUACGAAUUUGUGCGGAGUUCGAAAAAUUAGCGAUUGGAUUCCAUUUCAAAUGGUUAUUCACUCUAUUAAUUACCUAGAUCUGAAGUAGAAUGCCAAGCUCUCAGAUUUAGACUCCUGCACUCUUGACAUGUGGACCCUGUUUCCGAAAUUCGAUCAGGCCAGUUGCUUUGACUAGAUACAGAUUCUGGGUAAUUAAAGAUCGGAUUAAAUUACUCGUGCUACCGGGAAGUAUUGAACUCCCCCACUAAGAGAUUCGGGUUAGUCCUCUUGUGGUUUACCAUGUUUUGGUAUGAGUCUCUAGCUAGCUUCGGGGUUGCAUACUUUUCGGUCGUACGAGUAAGAACAGGAAGGUAAUAUUGCGCCAUACUUUCGGUACUUAGUAUUUGUCAACGCUGGACAAGAAGAAAUGUCUUGAUAUCGCAUCUCCCGACAUAGUCUAAGGUUUACAUAAACCCACCCCUGUUUGAUAUCGGUUGAUUCAACGGCGAUCGACAUUU